CUUCAGAAGGACGCCCGCUGUCGGCCAGAUCACGCAACUACUGCGCCUGGUUGUUUACCCCACAGGGAAAGGCUGCAGACUGUGAGGGGCGAGAUGAGCAUUUUUGGACAAACAUUUGCUUAAUUGAUCAAAUUGAUUGACAAACCAAUUAGGAGUUUUAAUGAGCUGGACUCGCAAGGAUCUCACAAUGAGAUUAUUUAUGUUAAUCAAGUAGAUGUCACUUCCGCCCCUUUUAUUUGCGCCAUUUUGGAUAGGGCAGUUUCUAGGCUGGAUGUGUAUUGUCCGUCAGAGAAUGGGAAAAGCGUUAUCGGCUGCCAAGCAAUCAUAGGCAGACCUAGGCAAUAUAUCUGAAAGAGCGGGGACGCCGGUAGUUGUUUGCGAAAGGGGGCAUGUGUCCGCCCUCACUGUUCCAGGGCAUGGAGGCUUUAAUUGUCUCAUGAGGCUCCGAGGCUUUCUGUUCCCGUUUGCCGAUCAGAGCAAGGAGGAUAGCCCUCGUUGUAGCGAGGGACAGUCGUGUUUGGAGGGUAGACAGACGGCCGGGUGGCUGAUUCCCUCCCACGAAGCUAGUUGUCACCUGGAAGGAUAUCACCGAGCUGUCUACAAGAAGUGAAAGUGUCUGUACAUCACCUCAGUCAUCCUGAGGAGACACAUUUCACUCAGACGGGAGCACUGCAUGUGAAAGCAGGCUGCCUUCAGACCAGUUUGAGCUUUGGGUAAAAAAGACAACACCCUUCUCAUGUAUGUGAAUGGAGGCAGUCAAUCAGCACAGCAGUGGUGCAACAACAGAGGGCUGUGGGAAAACACGCUGCUCAAAACAUUGAACCAGGCUCAAUCAAAUCCAUGUGGACAGAAUGUUCCAGCUCCCUGUCAAUAACCUGGCCAGUCUGAGGAAAGCCAGGAAAAAUGUCAAGAAGGUUCUGGGAGACAUCGGCUUGGAGUUCUGUAGAGAUCACUUAGUGGACUACAAAGACUUUACUCCACCAGAGGUUUAUAUAAAACACACAACGUGGGAAGAUGUGUGCAUGUGGGAACCAUCACAUACCAAAGUUCAGGACUACAGAUCGAAGCCGUUCUGCUGCUCAGGCUGCCUCUUCUCAUCCAAGUACUUCUCUGCGUACAAGAGUCACUUCCGCAAUGUCCACAGUGAGGACUUUGAGAACAACAUUCUGCUCAACUGUCCCUAUUGUACUUACAAUGGUAACAAAAAGACUCUGGAAACCCACAUCAAACUCUUCCACAUGCCUAACAACACUGUGCGAAAGGGCCCGGGUGGGAUGGUGGCAGGAGCUGGUGGGAUCAUGAUGAGGGAUGGGGUGCUGAAGAGGACCGGGGACAGUGUGGAACAGGCGGUGUACUAUUGUAAGAAGUGCACCUACAGGGACCCUUUGUACAAUGUAGUGCGAAAGCACAUCUACCGGGAACACUUCCAGCAAGUAGCCCAGCCCUAUAUAGUGAAGCCAGGACAGAAGGCGAAUGCACAGAAUGGUGGCACAGGGAAUACAGACAGUAGUAACACAAACCAUGUUAACGGCAACCAGAUCCACUGCAAGAAGUGCUUGUUUGUUCCGAGGACCUACGAGGCACUUGUUCAGCAUGUCAUUGAGGACCACGAGAAGAUUGGCUACCAGGUGACUGCCAUGAUUGGCCACACUAGUGUCAUAGUCCCCCGUCCCAAACCCAUAAUCAUGAUCCCCGCCAAAACCCAAGGAGACAAGACCAUCAUUGGGAUGGGCCCUAAAGGUGCAGUAAUGGCCACUACCAGGUCUCCUGGCUCACAGCAGUUGGGCCGAGAUAUCAUUGCAUUAAAGACGGGCUUCAACUCUCACAGUCUUCUAUCUGGGAUAAGACAUGAUGCAAUAGGAUUAAAAGCGGUGACUACUCAGCCGUUCUCUAUUGGUAGCCAGCAGGUGAGGGUUACUUUACCAGGGAAUGCCCAGGUUUCUGUACCCCAGCAGUCGCAUGCAGCAAAGCAGCUUAUUUCUGGUGGUGGCCUGCGAAGCCCAGUGGUGGCUAGUGCCUCUUCCUCACUCAGAUCCAACCCCCUGGGUUCACGUGUCCAGGCGGCAGCUACUACUGUAGCUUCUGUCACGGCCAAGAAAAGUGGUCCUUCAGUCCUUGGCACAUCCUACACUCAGAAGUGGAAAAUCUGCACCAUCUGCAACGAGCUCUUCCCAGAGAACGUGUACAGUUCUCAUUUUGAAAAAGAGCACAAAGCGGAGAAGGUGCCUGCUGUAGCCAACUACAUCAUGAAGAUCCACAAUUUCACCAGCAAGUGUCUCUACUGCAACCGAUAUCUCCCUAGUGACACAUUGUUAAACCACAUGUUGAUCCAUGGUCUGUCUUGCCCUCAUUGCCGUGCAACUUUCAAUGACGUUGAAAAGAUGGUGGCCCACAUGCGGCUGUCGCACCCAGUUGAGAGUGUUGGCCCACGCACAGACUCUCCCUUGACCUUUGACCUCACCCUGCAGCAGGGUAAUCCCAAGAAUGUUCAGUUGAUUGUCACUACCUACAACAUGAGAGAUGCUCCAGAGGAGUCUGUGGCGUUUCACGCUCAAAACAACACCUCUGUUUCAUCAGCAUUGUCUGCCUCCCUAAUGGCAGGCAAGAGGCUAAUGCCUCAGCACCCACCCAGAACACCUUCUGGGGCCGCUGACAGUGCACCAAUCAAGAGUCCCCUACAGGCAUCUGUGCCAUACAAAAGAGAUGUGGGCAAGACGCUGUGUCCUCUUUGUUUUUCUAUCCUUAAAGGUCCGAUCUCAGACUCUCUGGCCCACCACCUGAGAGAGAGGCACCAAGUAAUCCAGACAGUCCACCCUGUAGAAAAGAAACUGACCUACAAGUGUAUUCACUGCCUGGGAGUUUAUACUAGUAACAUGACUGCUGGGCAGGACAGCCGGGCAGCUCACCCUUCUCGGGGCAGCCAGGUCCAGAGCAGCGCUCUCAAGCGGGCCAGCUUUGAUAGCUCUGACAGUAGUGCACCAAAGCGAAGGAGGCCAGGACCUCCUGGUGAAAAGGCCCACCCACAGGAUAUCAACGGCCCAUCUACGUUUGUUGAAAAUCCUGAUGAACCUGUAGUUCUGGCUCUUGACCCUAAAGGACACGAAAAUGAGUCAUACGAGUCCAGGAAGGCAUUUCUAACACAGUAUUUCAAUCGAGCACCAUAUCCCACACAACGAGAGGUGGAGAAGCUGGCCGCCAGUCUGUGGCUGUGGAAGUCAGACAUCUCCAGUCACUUUGUCAACAGAAGAUGGAAAUGCAUACAGGAGUGUGAAACCCAGAAUGCUAGCGUGUUGCUCGGGUUCAGCAUGCACAAGCUCAGCAACGUCAAGCACGAGCUGGCGUUCCAACAGGACGGGGUGUACGAAGGCAGAAGUAGUAAGAGGCGGACGUCUAGGACACGAAUGGGGGUGUCAGAGCAGGCUCUCCUGAGACAUAGGGAGCGUAUAGCUGCUAAUGGUGGCAUGGUCUCACCUCCAAAGGAAAAGCCAGUUGGAGCUGUAGAAGGUAGUAAAGCAACAUCAUCUGCCCACAAACCCAACAGUGCCAGCAGAGACCAAACCAGGACAAUCAACAGCACCUUACCGCAGAAAAUGCCUCUGGACCUUUCUGAGCCCAUUGCCAUAGACUCUGAUAGUGAUGAGGAAGAGCAGCAGAAAAAUAACAGGGAGCGAGAGGGAGAGGUGCAUCUCCAUGGUGACGACCAGCUCACUGGAGCCGAGAAGAAAAUGGAGCUGAGGACAGGAGCCAAGAUUGUCUCGGAUCUAGAUGAUAUGUCAGACGACGAUGAAGAAGAAGAUGAUGAUGAUGAUGAUGAUGAAGAUGACGACGAUGAGGACGAAGGGACACAUGUAGAGAAUGGCUUUGGGCCCACAGAGGGCUCAGGAAGACAGGCUGCUAAAGGGAGAGAUGCUCUACCCAUCAUUAUUCCCAAGUUUGUACCAUCAUCUGCAAGAAGCGGCAGAGAUGGGGCUCAGCUGGGCAAACAGCAAGUGUGACUGGUAAACUCAAAAGGACUCCCACCAUCAGAGGGACACUUAAGGUUUGAUCCACACCAACAAAUCUGCCUCGCAUGGACUGAAGGACACUGUUACACUGGGCGUCUGUGAAAAUGCCAGUAAUAAAGAGAGAAAUCUCCUUGGGUGAAAACUCUAAACAAGCCAUUCAAUGACAUUUAAAGCCAGGACUCGAUGAGCAGCUGGGAUUGAUGUAAAGUUUUGUUUUAUGUUUCCCCCCAGAGUGGGAGGGAAAGUGCAGCCAUGAACAAUGAAGUUAAACCAAACAAACAGAAAAAGGUUUUUGCCUUCAGUAUACUUUAUUACAUUGAGAGAAGGGGAUUAAAAAAAAUUGAUUUAGCCACUGAACUUGUAAGUGUGGCUUAAAAUAUUGAGUUGUUGUGAGGUAAAGCUGUUGGGCUGACCAGAUAUUCCAUCAUUUUUCAUGUAGUAAUACUGAGAUAGUGUAAAUUUGUACAGUCUUUUAGACCUGUUUGGACAGAUGUUGCUGUACAUGUACCCUUAAAUAUUUGCUAUUACCUGUGUGUAAAGUAGACUCAUAUGAUCUGCACCCAUAUGCUUAACGAUAUGUGUCGCUUUAGUGGCUGGUAUUUUCUUAUACGUUUAUUUUAAAAAAAAGACUUUUUUGUAAACUACCUAUAAAUAACAAUUGAUUUGUUUUUGCUAUUAAUUUGAUCUGAAUUUUUUAUUUUAUCCAUUAAUUUUGCUCUGACAGAAUAGUGGCACCAAGCUAAUCUUAUCUUGUGGUAUAAAGGAGCAUUUCAUCAACUUUUUGCAGCCUUGUGCACAUUCGCCUUGACUGUACUGUACUUGCUUUCUGUUUAACUUAAUGUUUCUCUGCACCACAAACCUGGAUAGUAGCCACCAUACUGAUGUCCACAAAAGUGAAUGCAUUUUUUUUUUUCAAGCCAGAAAGUUGUGUUCAGUGUGUUCUUUGAAUUGUGUGUAUUUGUUCCAUGUUUUAAUUUUUCACUUAAGCAUUUAUAAACAAUAAAGUUCUGCAAUUGUGCUUCUUACAGGACUAAUGGCCGUGCUGGCUUCAUUGUUCAAAGUAAGGAACAGAGCGAUUUUGAUGUACAGCAGUAGUUAACAAAAACAUUAUUUC